GACCAGGCGGGCGUGGAUAUCGACGAAUGGAGGGGCGACUUGGUCUCUAGCAUCGUGGCGGCGGACUUCAUCAAGUACGGGAACAAGCCUCGUCAGUCGAAGCUGAAUGCGGACGAGAUCAAGCGCUGCAGCAGCCUGAUCAAGAAGCUCGUGGACCUUUCGCCGAACCUCAGCAUCCAUGAGAAGAGCACGACGCAGGUGAUGCUCGCCAUAGCCAAGGCCAACCAGUUCGAGUUCAAGAGCAGGCGGGAGAAGGCCGACUGGGCCGAGGAGGACGCGCUGCGCCCCAAUACGAUUGCGCGGCACGUGCAGCAGUACAGGGUGAGGACGGUCAAGGCACCUUCCUGGUUCAAG